ACCCUUCUUUCCCUCUCUCCCUCCACUUUCCCGAAGAAGGCCAUGGCUGCAGAAGAGGUCUCCGAGACGGUGGACCAUUACAAGACGGAAAUCGAGAGGCUGACCAAAGAGCUCACCGAGACCACCCACGAGAAGAUCCAGGCGGCCGAGUACGGGCUGGUGGUUUUGGAGGAGAAGCUCACCCUCAAGCAGCAGUACGACGAGCUGGAGGCCGAGUAUGAUGUCCUCAAGCAGGAGCUGGAGCAGCUCAGGGAGGCCUUCGGACAGUCAUUCUCAGUCCACCGCAAAGUAGCUGAAGAUGGUGAGACCCGUGAGGAAACUCUCCUUCAGGAGUCAGCCUCAAAAGAAGCCUAUUACCUUGGGAAAAUCCUGGAAAUGCAGAGCGAGCUGAAACAAAGUAGAGCUGUUGUUACCAACAUUCAAGCGGAGAACGAACGAUUGACAGCCAUUGUCCAUGACUUGAAAGAGAGCAAUGACAUGGCAGAACUGCAGCGAGUUCGAAUGAAAGAUGAAAUAAGAGAAUAUAAAUUUAGAGAGGCCAGACUCCUUCAGGACUAUACAGAACUGGAAGAAGAAAACAUUACUCUGCAAAAGUUGGUUUCCACUUUGAAACAGAACCAGGUUGAAUAUGAAGGUCUGAAACAUGAGAUAAAACGAUUUGAGGAAGAGACUGUAUUGCUUAAUAGCCAGCUGGAAGAUGCCAUCCGGUUAAAAGAGAUUGCUGAACAUCAGCUUGAGGAAGCCCUGGAGACAUUGAAAAAUGAGAGAGAGCAAAAGAACAAUCUGAGGAAGGAACUCUCCCAGUAUAUCAAUCUUAAUGAUAGUAUGUAUAAUAACCAUAUUAAUAUCUCAGUAGAUGGAUUAAAGUUUGGAGAGGAAGGGAAUGAGCCCAAUAACGAUGAGAAAAUGAAUGGACAUAUUCAUGGACCACACAUGAAAAUGAAUGGUGACUAUCGGACUCCCACAGUUAGGAAAGGAGAAUCUCUGCACCCGGUCUCUGAUCUCUUCAGUGAGCUCAACAUCUCCGAAAUGCAAAAACUGAAGCAACAGCUCAUGCAGGUGGAACGUGAGAAAGCUCUUCUCCUAGCCAAUCUUCAGGAGUCUCAGACGCAGCUGGAGCACACAAAGGGAGCACUAACUGAGCAACAUGAACGGGUUCACAGGCUCACUGAGCAUGUCAAUGCCAUGAGAGGCCUGCAGAACAACAAAGAGUUGAAAGAUGUCGAUUUCGAGAAAGGACGAGAUUCUGGGGAGGAAACCCAUGACUAUGAAGUGGACAUCAAUGGCUUAGAAAUUCUUGAGUGUAAAUACAAAGUAGCUGUUACAGAAGUAAUUGACCUCAAAGCUGAAAUAAAAGCCUUAAAAGAGAAAUACAAUAAAUGUGUUGAAAAUUACACUGAAGAAAAGGCAAAGUAUGAGAGCAGGAUCCAGAUAUAUGACGAACAGGUGACAAACCUGGAAAGGUCAACUAAGGAAAGCCAUGAGAAAAUGAUGCAGAUGGAAAAAGAGUUGCAAAGGAUUACAGGGGUUGCGAACGAGAACCAUAAUACCCUCAAUACAGCCCAGGAUGAGCUGGUGACUUUCAGCGAGGAGCUUGCACAGCUCUACCAUCAUGUAUGUUUGUGUAACAAUGAAACACCUAACCGGGUUAUGCUGGAUUAUUACAGACAAAGUAGAGUUACUAGAAGUGGAAGCCUGAAGGGACCUGAUGAUCCAAGAGGACUUCUGUCUCCUCGACUCAUCAGGAGAGGAAUGGCAUCCCCAGCAGAAGCCAGGACACCAACUGAACAUGUCUUGAAAGAGGUCACAGAAGCGAGCAAAGAACAAAGUCCAACAAAGACGCCUACCAUUUCCCCUGUCAUCACAGCCCCUCCUUCCUCCCCAGUUUCUGAUACCAGUGACAUUCGCAAAGAGCCAAUGAAUAUUUACAACCUGAAUGCCAUAAUAAGGGACCAAAUCAAGCACUUGCAGAAGGCUGUAGACCGGUCGCUGCAACUGUCUCGGCAGCGUGCAGCAGCCCGAGAACUAGCGCCUAUGAUUGAUAAGGACAAGGAGGCCUUAAUGGAAGAAAUCCUGAAACUGAAGUCCCUUUUGAGUACAAAACGAGAGCAGAUAGCAACCCUCAGGGCAGUGCUGAAAGCAAACAAGCAGACAGCGGAAGUGGCCCUGGCCAAUCUGAAGAAUAAGUAUGAAAAUGAGAAGGCCAUGGUGACAGAAACCAUGACAAAACUGCGCAAUGAGUUGAAGGCUUUGAAAGAAGAUGCAGCAACCUUCUCAUCCUUGAGAGCCAUGUUUGCAACCAGGUGUGAUGAAUAUGUCACACAGCUGGAUGAGAUGCAGAGGCAAUUGGCAGCUGCAGAGGAUGAGAAGAAGACCUUAAACUCUUUGCUGCGGAUGGCUAUCCAGCAAAAGCUCGCCCUCACGCAGCGCCUGGAAGACUUAGAGUUUGAUCAUGAGCAGUCUCGGCGGAGUAAAGGCAAACUUGGAAAGAGCAAGAUCGGCAGCCCUAAAGUAAGUGAGGAGGCAUCAGCCACCGUGCCAACAAUAGACACUUUCCUCCUGCAUAGUCAGGGCCCACAGCAACCAAACAUACUGGUCAGCAGUGGCACUCAGAGGAAAAGACUAUUCUCACCUUCCCCUUGUGAUCAGAGCCAUCCCAGGACUUCAGGGACACACCUACUGCCUUUAUUAAGAACCCCCCCUGAUCACGCCUCCACAGAAUCAUAUCUUCUGAGGGGCCCCCCUUCCAUGAAUGAAUUCUUCCAUGGGCACCGUCUCAGCAAGGAAAAAAGGUUAACCGUGGCCAUCCCAGUUUUGCCACCAGUGGAACGUUAUCAAAUGCAGAACAUCCUUCAUGAGGAGCACUUGAGAGGAAUUUUCAUGGAUUUGGCAUCUAGGCCCAGUACAUGUUACCAAACACAAGAUUGUCAGCAGCCUGCUGCCUCCAUACCGCCACUCGGCUCACAACUAGCCAGGAGGCAAGACUGUCCGACUGUCAGUCCUGAUGUAGCUUUUCCAGAAGAACAGCCACAUUCCAGCUCUCAGUGUACCCCCCUCAGUUGUCUACCUAAACCGCCUCCUUAACCCUAGUCUUCAUAUGCAACCUAAGAGUUGGGGUGCACCCCCCACAAUACAAACUGAGUCGGAGAUCUCACAGCAAAGGUACAGUUUGCACCGAAGGAACCAGCAGGCAUGACUGCCUUGUUGCUGUAUCGAUGAGUCCGGACACAUAUCUGCAGUCUCAACAACUGAGGAUGUGUGGAAGAACAUAAAGCACAGUGCCCAAACUGUUGAGAAGAUCUUCAAGGUUCCUCUGGUUAUACCCAGAUAGACAUGUCUGCAGUUUGGACGUUAAAACCUGUUCCUCCCAGCCGUUCAGCUUGUGCUACUAGUGAGUUGAGAACCUAAACUACUAACAAGCAGAACAAAGAAAGUACGAUACAAAACCUUAGUUUGACAGUCUAUUUUCAAGCACCAACUUGAGUUUUCCAUUCUAUGAUUUGUUACAUUGUCUUUUUGUUGUUGUUUUAAUUAUAUUUGCACCAUGAGUUUACAUUUUCUUAAAAACUGUCCUUGGUAUGUGUUUUUAUUCUAUUAAUAUUUUAAAUGGUGCAUUAGAAAUAUUAUUUUUUCCUCGCCAGUUAGGGUUUUUAUUUUGCAAUCGAAGAUUGUUCACUUGGCCAAAGAGUGUGGCCUGGUAUUGUUGUUGUUUUCUUAAUUGCACAAAAAUGUUGAAACUGAGUUGAAUUGGAAUGUGAACUUUGGGGGCAUUCCAGAGACAGUUGGAUGUGCCUGAAUCCCAUUGAAAUAAAAUAGGCACAGAGCAUAACAUUUUAAUUCCAUUGAUUUCAAUAGAAUUCUGGUGUGCCUAACUUUCUCUGUAUUGUGCCCACUGACAUGUACUUUUCUGCUGCACUGGCAUUGUUUACGCACUUGUUUUAUAACUAAUAUGAAGUUAGCUGCUAAUUGUUUUGCUAGUUCAUUGGAAUCUGAUUGAGCCUAAAAAUGGUUUUCCUGAACAAUGCAUUAAUGAUGGUUUCUUUGUGUUUAACUUUCAGUUUUAGGUGGGAUUUUUUGGCAAUCCCCUCCUUUUUUCCUUCCCUUUUUUAUUUGUGUGUGUGUGUCUCAGAUGAGCUGAUGACUUGGUGCUGUUCUUUUUUUCUGUUUGGUAUUUGGAAAAACAAUUGUAAAUGAACUUGAAAUAUGCUGUGGUUUAUUUUUUACUGAAAUGUUUAGGAUGUUUUUCACUUGCUGCUCCCAAAUUCAGUGUUACCAGGUUAAAGGCCUUAUUUUGGCAGAAAAGGUAAGAAAAGAGAGUUAACCAAGUGUGACAAAAUUUUUAGUUUCCAGUUGCGUGUAGAAGUGAAGGUAACCUAAGUAAAAAAAAAAAAAGACUGAUAUCUGGGAUGGAAGGUUCUUGCUGUAGUGCAUUUUUUCCUUGCCAAAAUUCCCAAAAGCUGUAGAGAUCUAGCUCAUUGUCAGUUCAAUGACAAAUACUCAGGUGAAACACAAUAC